GGAUCCGCUGUCAUUCAUCUGAGCGCACAAAGGUGAGCGCACCGUCAGCCAUAUUCCCACCACCGGACCACUUGCUUAUUGCCGCGGAGGGAGGGGAGAUUUUCGGGCGAAACUGGACUCAACUGACUCACCAGCUCUGAAGGAGGCUCCGUGGAAAGGUCCGAAUUGUAUGAGAAGCUCUGGGACACUGACAAGAGAUUUACAACAGGAUUUAAAAUGCCGAAACCUCUAAAUGUUCGAGUCACUUCGAUGGACGCUGAGCUGGAGUUUGCCGUUCAGCCCAGUACAACUGGCAAGCAGCUCUUUGACCAGGUAGUGAAGACCAUAGGAUUACGUGAAGUAUGGUACUUCGGACUACAGUAUAUGGACACCAAAGGGUAUCUUACAUGGUUAAAACUUGAUAAAAAGGUCUCCUCUCAAGAUGUAAAGAAGGAGAACCCUCUCCAGUUUAAGUUCCGUGCCAAGUUCUUCCCAGAAGAUGUGUCGGAGGAGUUGAUCCAGGAGAUCACUCAGAAGCUGUUCUUCAUGCAGGUGAAGGAUGGCAUUCUCAGUGAUGACAUCUACUGUCCUCCAGAGACUGCUGUGCUUCUGGCCUCUUAUUCAGUGCAGGCCAAAUUUGGUGAUUUCAACAAGGAAGUGCACCGGCCUGGAUACCUGAGCUCUGAUCGCCUCCUGCCCCAACGGGUUCUAGACCAGCACAAGUUAUCGCGGGAUCAGUGGGAGGAGAGGAUUCAGGUGUGGCAUGAGGAACACCGUGGAAUGCUGAGAGAGGAUGCAAUGCUGGAGUAUUUGAAAAUUGCUCAGGAUCUAGAAAUGUACGGCGUGAACUAUUUCGACAUCAAGAACAAGAAGGGAACAGAGUUGUGGCUGGGUGUGGAUGCCCUGGGCUUAAAUAUCUAUGAGAAAGAUGACAAACUCACUCCGAAAAUUGGAUUUCCCUGGAGCGAAAUAAGAAACAUUUCCUUCAGUGAUAAGAAGUUUGUCAUCAAGCCUAUUGAUAAAAAAGCUCCAGAUUUUGUGUUCUAUGCUGCCCGUUUGCGCAUUAAUAAACGUAUCCUACAGCUGUGCAUGGGGAACCAUGAGCUGUACAUGCGCCGCAGGAAGCCGGACACCAUCGAGGUGCAACAGAUGAAAGCCCAGGCACGAGAGGAGAAACAACACAAACAGUUGGAGAGAGCUCAGCUGGAGAAUGAGAAGAAGAGACGAGAGACCAUAGAGAGAGAGAAAGAGCAGAUGGAGAAAGAGAAACAGGAUCUCAUGAUGAAACUCUUCCAGUUUGAGGAGAAGACCAAAAAAGCAGAGAAAGACCUGCAGGUGCAGAUGCAGAGGGCCAUGCAGUUAGAGCAUGAACGGAGACUGGCAGAGGAGGAGGCCAACAGAUUGGAGUUAGAGAGGCAGGCCGCCCUGCUCGCUAAAGAGGAACUGGCCCGACAAGCUCAGGAUCAGCUGAAGAGCCAGGAACAGCUGGCCGCAGAGCUGGCAGAACAUACUGCUCGGAUUGCACUCCUGGAAGAUGCCAGAAGACGCAAGGAGGAGGAAGCUGUGGCAUGGCAGCAGAGAGCGCAGGUAGCCCAACAUGACCUGGCGAAGACCCGUGAGGAGCUUUACACUGCAGUGUCAACAACACCUCUCCCUCCACCACCACCUGCCUACGAACACUAUAUGAAUGAGUAUGAAGAUGGGGAGGAGAGCGCCAGUAGCUACAGUGCUGACCUGCAAACUGAAGGAAUCGAUGACCACCGCUACGAAGAGCAGCGAAUCACUGAGGCAGAGAAGAACGAACGAGUGCAGAAACAGCUGCUGGCUCUGACUUCAGAGUUGGCCCAGGCUCGUGACGACACCAAGAAGACUCCGAACGACCUGCUGCAUACAGAGAACAUGCGUGCCGGCCGAGACAAAUAUAAAACUCUCCGGCAGAUCCGCCAGGGCAACACGAAGCAGAGAAUUGAUGAGUUUGAGGCCUUGUAAAAUAUUCAGAGCAGGAAAUUAGACUUUGGGAGGAAAAGAAGCAAUGAGUCUCAAAGCCCUUGUCUGUGUUUUUUUUUUUUUUUUCUCUCCCUACAUCUGAGUGGUCAAUGCAAGAGCCACAACCUGUGUACAACAUGCACACUUUACAAAUGCAACAGCUUUGAUUAGAUUGGAGAACACUAGCUCAACGCACUAAAAACGAAAUUAUUAAAAACUACUAAACAUUCACAAGGAUUCUUGUCAUUAAAUGAAAUUUACAUAUAAUGCUGUACAUCGGAUUUCACAAACACACGUCACUGACUUUUUUACAGGCUAAGCUGAAAUAAAUCUGUUUUUGCCAUGAAAAUAUGAACCUUCAUAUUUCAACACAAGUGCCAAUAAUGUAUCCCAUUUUGUUAUUUACGUGAUUGUUUGAAAUUCGGAAAUCUGACCAAAUUAUAGUUUAAACCAGUUAUCCACUCAGCGCAGGGCUUGGCAGUAUGAUCUUAAAACUUCUAUGUAUUGUCCUAUAUUAAAACUCUUUCAUUCAUGUUGAAUAUGACUUUUGCCAGAAAACUUAUUAGUGUUUAUUUAUUCUGUCUUUGGGUUAUUUAAGAAGGUUUUUGGGUAGAUGUACUUUCGUUUCUUUACUAAUGACUGUGCAGAAUCAAUUGUUUCUUGAUUCUGUACUGACACAAAUGAUUGAAUUCACUUUCUAAAAUCUUGAAUAUUUCUUUAGAUUAGUUAUUUGAAGAGAUUCAUAUGUAAGUUUUAUAUAUAUAUGGAUAUAUUAAGAUGGAUUUUAAAUCAUAGAUUUCCUACAUAAGAUAAAAACUGAUUUUUUUUUUAUACGAUUUAUUCAUGACCUUUAACUAGUUACUAAAUGUUUUGAUUGCCAUCACAUUGGGAUGAAGGAAGAUAUGUAACAGCCUUUUAUAAUCUCCAUAAGGAUCUGUAUCACUUUAAGUGCUAUGUUGUCAGCACUGAGUAGAGAACUUACCAGCACUCUUUAUGUUAAUUAGAAAUUGUCCUUAACCCUACUUGAUUUGUGCUAUUUUAUGACAACUUCAUUCUGCUGGUGGGACCAAAUCUGCUGAUGGGCCCAAAUGUAAAAUAUAUUCAACACAGACAUUUAGCAUUUUGAGUUUGACAUACAGAUAGACAAAUAUAACAAUUUAGUAAAUUGUUUCUUUCAUGAUGCCUGUAACAAUGCCAUGCUACUUACAGAAAAAUGUAAUAUUAUUUUUGGUUUUUACUUUUAUGGUUUUUGCCAUAUGGCACGUUUGUACAGAGACUGUAGGUCUUAAAUGUAUUUGUGACCUCUGGAUGAUGCUCACUAUUACUGACUUUACAUCACUGUUCAUUUAUUAAGUGUAAUUAUGCCCUAUCAAAAUCAAUUGUUUUACCCACUGUUUUUACAUUUAUACACUAAAAGGAUUUUACAUUGA